UACGGCAAUAUUGUCCAACAGAGAUCACGUGACCCAUCACUUCUGUCGUCACAGGCGAGAGAACUCUUCACCGUUUUGUAAAGUAGACAGUGGACAUCCAUACAUACCCGAGCUUGACGAAUUUGAUACGAUAUUCGAGUGAUCUCGAGCUAGAAGCGGUUUUGUUUGAAGGUUCAGGUACAGGAGACCCAAGAUGUCGACAGUGGUCAACAAUGACGUCAUGAUAGCCGAGGAGCAGAACAAGGAGAUGUGUGAGCAGAGGAGGGUGUUGGUGGGUAUGGACGGCAGCAAGGAUUCGAACACGGCAUUUGAUUGGUACAUCGAGAACAUCUACCGUCCUGGUGAUAUCGUCAUCAUCGGCUACUGCCCCGCCGCGGGGUCAACAUUUCAUUUUGAGAACUUCUUGACAUCGCUACACAACCACAUGACUGAGAUGCAAGACAAGGCAAAGGAAGUUCGUCGUCUGCUUGAGGAGAAGCUGGAAAAACUCGGGGCCAAAGGUUACGUGGAGACGCUAGCAGGCAGUAACGCGGGCGUCGCCCUGGUCAAGGAGGCGGAGAAGGAGAAGGUGGAGCUGAUUGUGGUGGGCAGCAGGGGGCAUGGUGCCCUUCGGCGGACGGUCCUGGGCAGCGUGUCCGGCUACAUCGUCCACCACAGCAACGUGCCGGUCCUGGUGUACCCGCCCCUCAACCACGCCCUCCUCCACUCCACUAACAAGCACGAGGACAAAGUGAUCCAGGAACACAAGAAAGAAGAGGGCUAUAACACCCAUUUGUAGUCGGUACACUUGCCUUUGAACUACUGCAUGAGAUACAACUUUGUGAAUAUCAACUUUACCAUCCUCACAUGGAAUAUCAACUUUACCAUCUUCAAUAUCAACUUGAUCAUUUUCACGUGGUAUGUCAUCUUUAUCAACUUAACAUGGAAGGUCAACACUGUACUCACAAGUGAUUAUCAACCUGUCAUCUACACAUGUGGAUACAACUUGAUGGUCUGGACACGCGAAUAUCACUGGCACAUCUGGGUCACCAAUCCUACAGCACACCUGUGUCACCAGUCCUAUAGACCAUCUGUGUCACCAAUCCUACAGACCAUCUGUGUCACCAAUCCUACAGCACACCUGUGUCACCAGUCCUACAGACCAUCUGUGUCACCAAUCCUACAGAUCAUCUGUGUCACCAAUCCUACAGCCCACCUGUGUCACCCCAGACCAUGUGUCACCAAUCAUACAUACCAGAUGUGUCACCUAUCCUACAGACCACCUGUGUCACCAAUCCUACAGCCCACCUGUAAAUAACCUCCAUCUGAAGAAUAACGCCAACAUAUUUGCUGUGUAUAGUGUACAGCCCCUCAUUCAAGAACAGCUAACUCUGACAAAGUUUCGAGUGAGCUCCCUUCCUUACUACAGUAACUGGUGUAGAUAUUUUGGUCAGUGGACGAUGUAUAUUGGCACAAACUCGGCCCAGUAUUUCAAUGCUAGUGUUGUUUCUGAUUUGUUUAUUUUAUGUUUUUCGUUAUUUUAAAAUACUUUCGUUAAGUUUUAAGUAGUUUUUUUGUUUAUUUUCUGAUGUGUCUAAACAAUAACAUGCCUUGAUCUGAUAUGAUCUUUGUGAUCAAAGUUAGACUAAUCUGAUUUGGCAUGAUCUUUGUGAUCAUGUUAAGUUAGACUACUCUGAUUUGGCAUGAUCUUUGUGAUCAUGUAAAGUUAGACUACUCUGAUCUGGAAAGAUAAUCACGUGAGGUUAGCUUUAAGGUCAUAACUUUUUGUUUUCGUUUGGCGUGUUAUGACAUUUUUAGGCUUUAUGACAUUUGAAGUUAGGCUUAUAUUGCUGGACCUUGCACAUCCAUGUCAAUAUCAGGCCUACGGGAGAUGUAAAUAAUACAUUAAAUAAAUAUUUUAUUGACACUAA